ACAAACGUGUGAGUUUGGAGGGCUUCAGGAUUGUUGCUGAUUAGAAGUAUUAAUUGCACCUCCGGGCCUUGAUUCAAAUCAAGGUAAAUUCACACCUUUUAUAGGAGUAAAUGAAGGGGUGGGGCUACUUUCCAUAAAGGGGCCAGGUAAUUCAAAUCAGACAGAUUUUCUUCCGAAGACUGAAAGUUAACAGAUCACCACUAGAGAAGGAAAGACAUUAUCGAAAAACAGCAUGGUGGUUAAACUGAUUGAGCAAAUGCGGAAUGAAGUUACUUGUAGCACUUGUAGUCAUUAUUACAGCAAGCCAGUCACCAUCUAUUGCGGACACUCUUUUUGCCAAGAAUGUUUCCUUGAAAACUGGAAUUGUGAAGCCAAAUCUAUUUUUUGCCCUGAAUGCAAGGUUGUCAUCAUUGCCCAACAUAUCCCCGGACUCAACUAUCGCCUUGAUAGUAUUGUUGACUUGGUCAAGGAGCUCGAACGUCAGUUUUUACAGAAUUCCGAAGAACAGUCUCAAUGUCCCAUUCACCAGAAGUUUCUCAAGCUUUUCUGUGAGGAUCAUCAGACUGCUAUCUGUGUGAUCUGUUCUGAAGCCCAGGAGCACGAGGGUCACACACUCCAUCCCAUAGAAAAGGAUACCCCAAAUAAACCGAUUAAACAGGAAGAAGAUAAUGAUAAGGUGCCACUGGAUGAAGAUAGAAAUCAGUGCUUACAAGAUGAAGUGUCUCCAACACUCCAACCUGAAGGAGAUCAUCCCUAAAUUUCUUGAAUUCUCUGAUUUUCACAAUAAAUCAAAUUGCAUUCAGAAAUUUAA